AUGAUAGAUGCAGCUAGUAGAAGUGCUUUGGUAGAUAAAACACCUGAAGCAACAAAGAACUUGAUAUCACACAUGACUAUAAAUUCACAACAGUUUGGAGUGAGGAAUGAUCUACCUACAAGAAGAGUCAAUGAGACAAGGGCAAGUAUCCAGAAUUUGGAGAAUCAAAUGAGCCAGCUAGCCACAUCAGUUAGCAAAUUGGAAGCACAAGGGUCUAGUAAGCUUCCUUCUCAACCAAUUAAGAACCCAAAAGAGAAUGUGUGUGCAAUUGUGUUGAGAAGUGGUAAGGAAGUGGAAGCACCAAGAAAGGAGACAACUCCAGCUGAACAAAAGGUCUACCAUAGAGUUGAAAAAGAAAAAGAAGUUGACAAUAAGGAAAAGUGCAAGAGACAGAAGUCCAAUCAAAGGAAGGUGGAGAUCAACAUCCCUCUUUUGGAUGCAAUCAAGCAAGUGCCAAGAUAUGCAAAAUUCCUCAAAGUGUUGUACGCAUCCAAAAAAAAGCUAAAAGGUAAUGAGAAGGUAAGUGUGGAGGGAAAUGUCUCUACUGUGAUAGAAAAGAAAUUAGCUCCUAAAUGUAAAGAUCCAGAUACAUUUACUAUUCCAUGUAAAAUUAGUAAUACUAGAUUUACGAGGGUUUUGUUAGAUUUAGGAGUAUCUAUUAAUAUCAUGCCUAGAUCCAUUUAUGCUUUUUCAAAUCUUUGGCCUUUAAAAGAAACUGGUGUUAUCAUACAACUAAUUGAUAAAUCUAAUGCAUAUCCUGAUGGGGUAAUUGAGGAUGUUUUGGUUUAUGUCAAUGAAUUGGUUUUCCUUACUGAUUUUUAUAUUUUAGAUAUGGAGGAUGAUAAUUCUCCUAAUAUUACACCUAUAUUAUUAGGAAAACCAUUUUUAAGUAUUUCAAGAACUAAGAUUGAUGUGCAUGAUGGUUCACUUACUAUGGAAUUUGAUGGUGAAAUUGGGCAUUUCAAUAUUUUUGAUGCCAUGAGACAUCCUACUGAUGUGCAUUCUAUUUGUCAUGUUGAUAUUAUUGAUCCAUUAGUGCAGCAAACUUUUAAGUUGGAUGGUGAAGACAAGCUGAAUCUAGCUAUUAGCUACAAUGUGGAUAAAGAAAGUAAGACCAAUUCACAAAGAGAGCUUGCCAUUGGUGAAGAGUGGGAAGAGAUUUUAAAGUUCCUUAAUGUUGGAUGA